GACUCCGAAGCGACACACUCGCCUAUUACUCUGUGCUCAUUUACCGCAUUGUGCCAUAUAUUACAGGGCUAAUGCUCUGUUAUUAAUUGUGACAAUUCAAUUACAAGCUCAUUCGCAAUGUCGACUUUGAGUCAUCACCCGUACGCGUUCUCCAUGCACCCUGGCAUGAUGCCGGAGUACACCAGCGCACCGCAGCCGCUACCCGCGUCUUCUCCUCAAUCCGAGGGGCACAUAAAGAGGCCGAUGAACGCGUUCAUGGUCUGGUCGAGACUCCAGAGGCGUCAGAUCGCAAAGGACAAUCCGAAGAUGCACAACUCCGAGAUCUCCAAGAGAUUGGGCGCCGAAUGGAAGCUGUUAUCGGAAAUACAGAAACGUCCGUUCAUCGAUGAAGCGAAACGGCUGAGAGCAUUGCACAUGAAAGAGCAUCCGGACUACAAGUAUCGCCCGCGCAGGAAGCCGAAGCCGCCAACGCCGGGAGGUCCCCCGGGAGCUGGUGCUUUCCACAGCUUCCCGCUUCCAUACUUCGCCGGUCCCGCACCGUCAGUUGGCCAUUUGGAUGCUCUGUCUUACCCUGCUGUGCCACCAUACUUCCCGCACCAGUUGGAUCACCUGCAGUUUUCCAAAUUGAUGGCCCCGUCGGCUGAGAAGUUGCCGACGGUGUCGUCGUCCGCUGCGGCGGUCGUAUCUUCGUUCUACUCAUCUCUGUACACGUCGCCGGCGGCACCGCCGAAGCCGUUCUCGUCAGCCCUGUUCCCACAAUAUGGAGGACCAUCAUCACCAGUGUCUCCAGUGACGCCGACCCAGCAUAGCCCACACGACGACCAGCUAAGGCGGCCCGUCUCUGUCAUAUAUUGAAGACCAACGUGCCUUCCUUAGAAGAUCACUAUCUUUUGAGGUUCGGCAGAAGUCUUGGGUGCAAACAACGCAGAGAGAUGAAGAGGACGGGUUACGGACGCUGACAUCGCGAGGUGUAACGACGAGGUGCCUAUUCGUCUAAGCACAACCAUUUUGUGACGGUCCUUUAUUAUUCGUCCGAGCUUUCGGAUUGCUAUUAGAAAAAAAGUCCCAUAAAAUUAUUCUCCAAAUCAUCGCUCAUCAACGUUUGAAAAUAACGUAGAGAAUGAAACGUUGAAUGAAAGUUGCUUAACCAAUAAGUACCACAUUGACAUUAAUUUGAAAAUUUGCGCUUGGAAGAAUAUCUACUUCG